CCAUGAGGGCGUGCAUCCUCCUCGUUCUCGGUGCGUCAGUGGCCGUGGCAUCCGUGGAAGGUGUGUCGCCCGACGCCUACCUGUCCAUCUCGAACGACGAGUGCGACGAGUCGCGGCUGAAGUGGCCGUGCCCCGAACAGUGCUCGAUGGAGAUCCAGCCGGUGUACGCCACGUGCGAGCACGGCCGCCUCGAGACGUUCGUCAACUGCUGCACGUGGCACCGCGACGUCUGCCAGUUCAAGAGGCCGUGCAGGUUCCACUCCAAGGCUCCUCGCGGCGGCGGCGCAGCCCGAGAGCCCGGGACCUGGCACAGUGGGGAGACCACAUACUGACCAUGACGGUUAUACCUAAAACUACCAAAUAAACACCGGUUUUCAGCUAUUUC